CAAUUGGAGCUGAGCGAUAGCUGUCUCUCGAAAGGCAUCUACUCCGCUCUCAACGCUGCUGCAGAACACACACGCAAAUCGGUUCUCACACAGCACAGGUGGUCCAUUCGUCGUAUGGCAGCACCAAUGGACUCUGCGGAGGGGGGUAGCGACUACUAUGAUUCUGGAGACGAACAAGGAAACGACCUCGGCGACGUGAUGAAAGAAAAUCCUUCUCUAUGGGCCAUGUUCAUCAUGGCAUAUCUGGUGGUGUGGGUUCAGGGCUUGGCCUUUUCGUCCACGUGCUUCAACCGUUCUAGGUUCUACCGGGGGGGCUUAUGCAUGCAGGGCCACAACCCCAUCUCGAGGAUGAUAUUUGUGCCGUUCCUCGUACUUGUUGUCGUUCCAGCAUUCGGGAUCUUCACGGCGCCAGUCAUGACAUGCUGGUCACUCUGCCGAGUAUGUUUCCUUCUCGGAAGGGUUGACUGCGACUUCCCUGCGGGAUGGCUCAUGAGGCCCCCCCAGCGACGUCGCCAUCUCUCCAACUUUCCGAGCGGGAGAGAACGGCGCUGGAAGCGUCGGGGCUGGCUCGUGAUGCUGCGAGCUCGUCACCAAAUCUUCUUGGCACAGCUACAGCAGAAUGAUUCUCAGCCUUGGUUAUGCAAGCGGAAGUUGAGAGAUCUGUGUGGUAUCACGCGGGUGAUGACGGCGGAUGAUCCCCUAGCGACCGCCGGCAACGAGCCUUCCGUAGGCGCGCAAGGGAUUGCUGACAUUGAAUUGAAUGAGCAAGGCACCUAUGACCAGGAGUUUGCUCAGGCUGUGGUUUCGGUCGCGGGUAUCAUGGAGGAAGGCAUUUUUCGCGGGAUUACCUUGUAUCUCUAGGACCUAUGGGUGGAGGUCGCUGAACCGAACUGGGUUUUUUGUCGCCGAGCGGGAAACGUACAGCAAACAGGGUGGGCAUUUGAUAGACAGAUGGUAGUCAUCUGGUGGUAACACUGAAGACACUAGUGUACCCAGAACCAGCCAGGCGCAAGGCCGUCAGCUCCCUCCCCCCCACGUGGGCGAGGGCGUUGAACCUGCACACGCCGUCCGCAACAGCAACGUAAACAGCGGGAAGUUGUAGACUACAGCAGAAGUUAGAUAUGUAGAACCUUACAAAUGCUUGCUUGAUUCCGCGGUACGUGU